AUGGAUGCAAGAAGUUGUGCUCCCGAGAUUACGGAUGAUAGUUUCGAGGCAGAGGUGCUUGACGAGGAUCGACCAGUGCUCGUCUUCUUUCGGGCUGCGUGGUGCGGCCCAUGUCGCAUGGUCGGCCCCAUCGUAGACGAGGUUAUCGCCGACCAUGGCGGCAAGCUCAAGGUUUUGGAGCUGUGCACGGACGAGAACCCCAAAACGGUAGCGGAGUUCAAGAUCCGAAACAUCCCCACCCUGAUGCUGUUCAGCGACCGGAAAAGCGUCAUGACCGUGGUCGGAGCUGUCCCGAAGAGCGCUCUCGUGAGCUCUAUUAAGAAGCACAUGGAUCUGUGA